AGUACAGCACAUCGACCAGUCGGCAGAAGGGCUAUUCGUGCCUGGUGGCUUGUUUGUGGUUGUUGAUAGGAGAUCUUAACGAGGAGUACGGCCGCGAAGGGGAAAGGAGCCACUGGAGCCAUCAUGCAAGGAGGCUUCCACACACACCUGUUGGCCACACUGUCCCUGCUGCUCCUCACACAGGUUCACGCCAAAGUGCCGUGUGGGAAUUCUUCUCUGACUCUUCCGAGCUGGGGAGCACAGUCAGAAUAUCUUGCACAAUGUGUGCUCCACAGCGACUCAGGUCCAUUAUGUGAUUGGACUACGGCUCAGAGAGUGUCAGGAGGUGUAGCAUUGACCUUCUUAGAAAGCCCGGCCUUGAGCCUGGAAGGAGAGGCCUGUCUGGAGUUCUGGUACCAGAUGGCCCCGACGGCAUCAGAGAGCUCGGAACUGAGAGUCCUGCUGAAGGAGAACACACAAGGUCUGCUCCAAAUAUGGACCACACCUGGGCAGCAGAACGGUGGUGCUUGGAGACACGUUUCUCUCCCUUUGGCCGCCACAAAGGCAUCCACACAGGUUGUAUUUGAAGCUGAUCAGGAAUCAGGAGUUUCCUUUGAUCAUAUAGGGAUAAGGAACGGACAGUGUGGGAGACAGUGUGAGCCCAACACAGACCUGUGGACAGACAAGUCGACCCGCUGUGUGUGUUCGGCUGCCGAGCAGCUCUCCUGCUCUACCCCCCUGUGCCCGGGCGGUCAGACGAGCGACCGGCCCAGCGAGAGCUCCGCUAAAGGCGUCAUGGUCGGUCGAGGGAUCUGCACCAUCCACACCGACCCACAAUGCAGCACCUUCGACGGGGCCCUCUUCCGCUUCAUGGCCCCCUGCACUUACAUCCUGGCCAAGACCUGCGUGCCCAUCAGGGGUCUUCCCGUGUUCAGCGUGGAGGUGGUCAACACCCAGGAUGCGAUCAACGCAUCCGAGGCGACGGUGGAGCGGAUCAACGUGGAAGUGAAUAACGUCAGGCUGUCCCUGCUGAAGAGGGAGACUAAGAGGGUCAUGGUCAACGGUGUGUGGCGGAGCCUCCCCCUCACCCUCCUUGGAGCCACGGUCAACAUCCGUAACAACCCUGCCGUCGUCACCGUGGAGACGGACGACCGAGUCCUCAUCUCGUACGACAACGCCGGCGCCGUCCACGUGAAACUCCCUUCGGCGUACGCCGGCAAAGUGUGUGGGAUGUGCGGCAACUUCAACAGCCUCGGGGAGGACGACAACCGGAGGCCCGACGGGUCGGCGGCCCGCGACGCCACGGACCUGGCGCUGAGCUGGCAGACGGGGGCGCACGCCGGCCCCUGUGACGCCGUGCUGGUGCCCCACGUGUGUGACCCCCUGGAGGAGCUCUCGUACGGCAGCAGGCAGUUCUGCGGGGAGCUUCUGUCCACGACGGGGCCCUUCUCCCGCUGCCUCCCCGUCCUGGGCGUGGAGAGCUACUACCGGAGCUGCGUGGCCGGGAUGUGCGUCAGUCACGGCGACCUGGACGCCAUGUGCCACACCAUGCAGUCAUACGCCAAGAUCUGCUACGACGCGGGGGUCGCCGUGCCGGCCUGGAGGAAUGGCACCACUUGCACCCUGGAGUGCGGCGCCAACAGUCACUACGAGGCCUGUGCUGACCGCUGCCUCGAUGGGUGCUCCAGCAUGGACCUGGCUGGCGCCUGCGGAACCUGUGAGGAGAGGUGCGUGUGCGACAAGGGGUACAAGCUCAGCGGAGGGGUGUGCGUACUGGCUGAGAACUGCGGCUGCUGGAACGACGGGCGUCAUUAUGAGAAAGGAGCGGUGUUCCUCCACGGAGGUUGCACCCAGAGGUGUCAGUGCCUGGGCAACGGACAGACCCUGUGUUCCGCCUGGGGCUGCUCAGGCAGUCAGGUCUGCAAGGACAAGGACGGGGUCAAGGGCUGUUUCACGCCUGAAACAGUCACCUGCAGCAUGUACGGUGACCCGCACUACAUCACCUACGACGGCAAGGCCUACGACUUCCAGGGUGGCUGCAAUUACACGCUGGCCACCACGUGCGGAGAGAAGACCCCGGUGCGGUUCACUGUGACCGGGCGCAACGCAAACCCCACCGACCAGAACCUCACCCGGUCCAAGCUGGAAACCGUGGUCCUGCAGAUCCAAGAGCUGCACCUCACCUUGCAGCAGAACAGAAAAGUCUAUGUGCACAACAAUCAGGUCCGUCUCCCUUACACCGUCGAUGGUUCCUACGGCUUGCUGAAAGUCACCAGGCAGAGGCAAUUUGUGGUGGUGGAGACAGGCGUUGGCCUGAGGGUGAUGAUCGAUGGGCAGAACAGGCUCUUCCUGCAGGUGGACGAGCGCUACAAGGGCCAGCUGUGUGGCAUGUGCGGGACCUACUCCGACUGGCAGGGGGACGACUUUGUGAGGCCGGACUGGUCCAACGCCACCGGGGCCUUUGACUUUGGCAACAGCUGGAGAGUGAUGGAGGACUCCAGCCCUUGCAUCGCCCUUCCGGAUGAUCCAAAAGUCUGUGACGAGCAAGGUGACGAGCAGGCCGUCAGUGAUUGCAGUGCUAUUCUCGAUGACUCCUUCAGCGCCUGCCACAAGCCUGUGCACCCGUUGAAAUACGUCUCCAGCUGCGUGUACGAUCAUUGCGCCACCAGCGGCGACCUUCACACCCUGUGUGACUCGCUGGAGUCAUACAGAGCAGCCUGCCAGGUGGCAGGGGUGGAGUUGCCCGCCUGGCAGAACAACACAGCCUGCGCUGUCAUCCCAAACACGACCCCUCCUCCAACAAGCACACCCCUAACUCCCGCUCCAACACCUGAUCAAACUCUUUGCGCUUUAAACUGCAACUUUGACAGCCAUGUGUGUGGCUGGCAGCAACUCAUACAGGACAGCUUUGACUGGACCAGACAGUCUGGCCCGACACCGUCCUUCUCUACCGGCCCAAAUGAAGACCACACCGGAGAGGGCUACUAUAUGUAUAUUGAGGGUGACGGUAUGACUCAUGGAAACUCAGCCCGUCUGCUCAGCGCCCAGUGCAACUACAGAGGCCCUCUGUGCUUGCAGUUCUGGUACCAUAUGCAUGGCUCGGCCUCAGCCAUGGCUCUCAACAUCUACCACCUCCACGCAGUACAGGCAGAGAAGGUUUGGUCCAUGGUCAAUGAUCAGGGGUCUGAGUGGCAUCAAGCGUUUGUCGAUAUCAAAGAAAAAGGCACAUUCCAGAUCAUAAUAGAGGCGAUCCGAGGAUCUACUGCUCUGUCGGAUGUUGCUAUAGAUGACAUUUCAAUCCAAUUUGGUUCCUGCUCAAAUGGUUCCCCUGCAAUGCUCAGCGGAAGUUCAUUAGUUCCUCAAACACGCAGAGAACCGUUACUUUCACGCCCUGUGUGCAGCCUGGACUGUAGCUUCAACGGCAAUCUUUGUGGCUGGAGCCAGGCGAUGACGGACGCUUUUGAUUGGACGAUGGAGCGUGGCUCCACCCCCACUCUGAUGACAGGGCCUUCAGCUGACCACACAGGAGACGGCCACUACCUGUACAUCGAGGCCAACAGUGCAACGUAUGGCGACACGGCGCGUCUCCUGAGCUCUGAGUGUUCCCUCACGGGUCCUCAAUGCCUGCGCUUCUGGUACCACAUGUAUGGCUCAGCCGAUACCAUGGGCCUCCAUGUGUACCUGCUCCAGGACAGACUGGCCGAGGCAGUUUGGUGGAAAAGAAACGACCAAGGAGACGUAUGGAAAGAGGCUAUGGUAGAGCUCACGGCAACUGGGACUUUCCAGAUCAUCUUUGAAGGGCGCAGAGGUUCCAAUGAUCAGUCUGAUGUGGCAAUAGACGAUGUGAAGCUCUAUCAUGGUCCAUGCUCUGAUCUGACGGCCGCACUGCCCUCAUCCCCACAACCCAAUACAUCAAUCACAACACAGGGAGAUUCAGCCCCUUCAACUGCUGCUCCACUACCACCGACGGGUGAUGUUACCGCCCAUACCACUGUUACAGUACUGCCACCUGUUACAUCUGAGGUCCCAGCAAUGACUACCACUACUACUACUGCACCUCUGCAGGAAACACAUCCUGUAUGUAAAAUGAAUUGCGAUUUUGAACAAGACCUCUGUGAGUGGAAUCAGAUGGUUACUGAUGUUUUUGAUUGGACACGACACAAUGGCUCCUCCCCAACCAUCAGGACCGGGCCCUCUUCUGACCACAUGGCUGGAGGAGGCCACUACCUGUACAUCGAGGCCAACAGUGCAACGUAUGGCGACACGGCACGUCUCAUUAGCUCUGAGUGUUCCCACACGGGUCCUCAAUGCCUGCGCUUCUGGUACCACAUGUUUGGCUCAGCCGAUACCAUGGGCCUCCAUGUGUACCUGCUCCAGGACAGACUGGCCAAUUCAGUUUGGGGGAAAAGAAACGACCAAGGAGACGUUUGGAAAGAGGCUAUGGUAGACCUCACAACAGAUGGCCCUUUCCGGAUCAUAUUUGAGGGGCGCCGGGGUUCCAAUGAUCAGUCUGAUGCUGCCAUAGACGAUGUGUCUCUUCGUCCCGGUCAUUGUGCAGAUAUUGUCACGCCAACAACCUCUCUGCCAGCAACCACCAGUACAAGUGGACCAGAAAUCUCAACAACAGCAGAAGAGUUAACACCAUCAGAACAACCUCAACCACAAACAACACUGAGGCCACACCCUAACCCUAACCCUACUUUGCCACCACCUGAAACUACAGUACCACCAAAACCUCCAACCACAGAAGGACCACAACCUCCAACCACAGAAGGAGUACCAAACCCAACUACAGCAAGACCCCAACCUCAAACUACCGAAGGAGUACCACACCCAACUACAGCAAGACCCCAACCUCCAACUACCGAAGGAGAGUACCACACCCAACUACAGCAAGACCCCAACCUCCAAUUACCGAAGGAGUACCACACCCAACUACAGCAAGACCCCAACCUGAAACUACUGAAGGAGUACCACAUCCAACUACAGCAAGACCCCAACCUCCAACUACAGAAGGAGCACCACACCCAACUACAGCAAGACCCCAACCUCCAACUACCGAAGGAGUACCACGCCCAACUACAGCAAGACCCCAACCUCAAACUACAGAAGGAGCGCCACAUCCAACUACAGCAAGACCCCAACCUCAAACUACAGAAGGAGUGCCACACCCAACUACAGCAAGACCCCAACCUCCAACUACCGAAGGAGUACCACGCCCAACUACAGCAAGACCCCAACCUCAAACUACAGAAGGAGUGCCACACCCAACCACAGAAGGAGUAUCACACCCAACUACAGCAAGACCCCAACCUCAAACUACAGAAGGAGUACCACACCCAACUACAGCAAGACCCCAACCUCAAACUACAGAAGGAGUACCACGCCCAACUACAGCAAGACCCCAACCUCAAACUACCGAAGGAGUACCACACCCAACUACAGCAAGACCCCAACCUCCAACUACCGAAGGAGUACCACACCCAACUACAGCAAGACCCCAACCUCAAACUACAGAGGAAGUGCCACACCCAACCACAGAAGGAGUACCACGCCCAACUACAGCAAGACCACAGCCUCAAACUACAGGAGUACCACACCCAACUACAGCAAGACCCCAACCUCCAACUACAGAAGGAGUACCACACCCAACUACAGCAAGACCACUACCUCAAACUACAGAAGGAGUACCACACCCAACUACAACCCCAACCUCAAACUACAGAAGGAGUGCCACACCCAACUACAGCAAGACCCCAACCUCAAACUACAGAAGGAGUACCACGCCCAACUACAGCAAGACCACGACCUCAAACUACAGAAGGAGUACCACACCCAACUACAGCAAGACCCCAACCUCAAACUACAGAAGAAGUGCCACACCCAACCACAGAAGGAGUACCACGCCCAACUACAGCAAGACCACAACCUCAAACUACAGGAGUACCACACCCAACUACAGCAAGACCCCAACCUCAAACUACCGAAGGAGUACCACACCCAACUACAGCAAGACCACAACCUCCAACCACAGAAGGAGUACCACGCCCAACUACAGCAAGACCCCUACCUCAAACAACCACGACUCUUCCCCUGACCCCAACUAAGCCAGUGCGACCAACUACUGAGCGUCCACAGCAGUCAACUACCUUGAAACCAACGCCCUCUUGCCCAAAGAACAGCCAGCACACCACUUGUAUGUCCCCCUGCCAGCCAACAUGUACCCUCCCUCAGGGGCCCCCUGGCUGCAGGCGGACCAGUCCCUGUAAGCAGGGGUGCGUGUGUGACGCCGGGUACGUACUCAAAUGGAACGCCGUCUGCGUGCCAAUCCGGCAGUGUGGCUGCGUGGACCGGGAUGGCAGCGUACACAAUUUUAACGACAAGUGGUACACUGCGCACUGCAGGCAGAAAUGUGAAUGCAAAAAAGAUGACAGGGUAGGAGAAGUCGACUGUGACGACGAAGAUGAGUGUGACGAUGAUGGGGUUUGUCUUCCAAACACUUCGGGCCAGUACAAGUGCCUUUCCACAGAUUUCAAGGAGUGCACCAUCAAGGGGGACCCAGAGUACCGAACCUUUGAUGAUCGGAAGCACAAGUUCAGGGGGGACCACUCGUACGUUCUGGCUCAGACGACCAGCAAAUCACGAACCCUCCCAGGGUUCUACGUAGAAGGCAUCAACACACAUGACGAGGGUGACGGCGACCACAGUGAGGAUUCCGAUGAGAGGAGCAGUGAAGAGCAUCACCACAGCAACAGAGAAAGGGACGAAGACAGUGAUGAAGACGAUGAAGACAAUGAUGAUGACAGCGAAGAAAACAACAGGCGCCACAGGCUGAGAGGGAUGAAGAUCAGAGUCUACAACCACACGGUCGAGUUUAAGAGGAACGGCGUGCUGGUGGUGGACGGCAGAGUCUCUCACCCGCCCAUCUCCCCUAGCGGAGGGCUCAGCAUCAGGAAGCACUCCUCCCGACUCUACCUGAAUACAGACUUCGGCCUAUCGGUGACGUUUGAUGGACACAGACAAGCCGAGAUCAUCUUACCACACAUCUAUCGGAGGAAGGUGGCGGGUCUGUGUGGGAACUUUGACGGCAAGAAGAAGAACGACUUCAUGAAGCCGGACGGUCGGCAGGCCAGGGACGAGCAGGAGUUCGGUCAGAGCUGGAGGGUGACCGGCGACCCUCUUAGAAUCAGAGGGAGGUGAUCCACUUCCUGACCCAGCUAGUUCAAGGGUUGAACUGGCCAGAGUAAAGCGGUUAUUAUCCGUCUCCAGAGACCUCUUCACGGGUUAUCUUCACAAUUCCAUCAACCAUCUUAAUUGAACAGAGGUCGAACCAAAUCUCCUGCCUCUAGUAUAACUACUCCUUAAUCGACUCAAGUACUACAAAUACUACUUAGUAAUGAACACGGGUUACUACAACAACAAAAAGUGUUCUGACUACUACCAUACAACUUGAUUUCUUUUGAAUUGCUGCGAACACAAAUUGCAAAGGAUUUGGUUGCUGUGAAAUAGCAUACAUUUUCACAUAUUGCCAAUGUUCUCAUGUACUUUGCAGUGAGUUUUAUAUAUUUUCUUGCAAAUUCUCUCUUGCAAAUUAAACAUUCAGCCUGAAGAUCACUCUGAAUCUUUCACAUUCAUGGCAGAAUCUUCAACAUUUGAAGAGGAAAAUAAAACGAUCCCUCCAGUUGUACUCAACUCUUUUAGGUUUCAGUACAAAUGAACACAACAUAAGCCACUCACAGCUGCUCCUUGUGAUGAAAAGGGUACAGAGCUCAUGGGAAAUUAAAUCCCUCACAAACCUUACGCAGGCAUUCCCAUUUUUAACAGAAUGCAAUGUUAAACUGUCAAUGUUUAGCUGCAUCUUCAUACAACUAAACCAAAAGGAUGUGUGCGUCUGAACUUCCUUGGUAUGGAAUAUUGCAUCAAUUAAAUACAUCUUUAUAUAGACAACUUGCAUUAUAAAGUCUAUGUUGUUGGCAGUUUGAUGUCUAAGUGUAGUGGUUAACAUUCAGCUCUCUAUAAUGUUGUUAGUGUAUUGACUUCUAUAUUUAUUUUUAUAACCAGAGAGGCCACUAUCGGUUUAUUGAGAGGAAACAAUUCUUAAAAGGUAAACGACAAAAUGUACUUUCCCCACUAAGGUUUCGAAAAUAAUAAAUGUAGGCAAGAUUUAGAGAGCAACACAAAUAUAUUAAAAGGAGAACAUUUUCAAAAUGCAUUUUAAAUCCAGUUAACAGAGGAAUAACAAAGAGCAACACCCUGUAGAGGAAUGUGAUACUGAAAGAACCCCCGUCCCCUUUCCACAGACAAGGACACCAGAAAAGGUUUCUGCUUACCAUGGGAAACGGGCUGAAAUAAUGGCCCGUUUGUCCAGCCUUCUGUAAACAGAUAAGAGAAAGCCUUGGUUAGGCCAUGCAU